UAACUCAGUUUCCGUAAUUAUCUUGUGUUGAUAUAUUUUUGUUCCUGAACAAACUUUAUAGAGAAACAUUCAAGCAGAUUUCAAAAUGAAACUUGUAUUUUGGAUUACAUUCUUCUUUCUACAAGUCGCCUCUUGUGGUAAUGUGCAGAUGUUGGUAACACGGCACCCAAUGACAUGGCGUAUAGCAGAUACGAUUUGUACUAAGGAGUUUAUGGGUACUGGCUACAGACAUCUGGCAGGUGAUAUACCAGACACAGUCGUGCACUAUAAUCUAUUGUCCGUAAAGGACCAUGAGAGUCUCUGGUUGGACGGCCUGAUCUAUGACCUUGGAUGUCGAGGUGAUAUUUGUCCUCUUGUGAUAGAAAGACACAGAGAGUACAACAGCCAUCGUCACCUCCUCAGUCUGUGUCAGGAGGCAAAUGGCGUGACAGUAAAACCCCGGCAUUUCUGUAAUAGCAUCUCCAACAUAACUUCAACAUACAUGAUCUCGAAAUUACGACGUGAAUUCCAAGAAUUUGCGAAAGGAAGAGAAUUCAUUAUCAGCAAAAUUGCACUUGAAGGAUCUACAGAAACCAAAUGCCAAAUGGUGCGAAAAGCUGGAAACAGAUUUCAGAAAAUGCAAACAAGAUGCAACGAGUUUCAUAAGGCCCUAUGCGAGCAUAAUACAGAUGAUUCAGACAUGGUGACGACCAUACAAUAUGGAGAGGAAAAGAAGGCGUCCAGAACCAUCUUUAUACCACAUCCAAUUGACUCCGAAAGCGAACCUAUGAAGGACGAAAAAGAAGAUUCAGGUGGAUCACAGGAAAUAGUUUGGACAAUUGUGUCGGUAACGGUCGCCUUGCUGUCAUUGUCUCUGUGUAUAGGUGGACUCAUUUACUGCAGGAGAAAUAAGAUUAAGAUGAGCAGUGUUUAUGACACCGUCUUCAGACGUCCACGGGGUGGAAAUAAUUACACUCUCCGUGUACCAAACGAUCCAACCUCGCCUAUAUCUGAGCCAACCAAUCAUCCGCUUCCACCAGCUGCUCCACCAAUGAGAAACCCCACAGCAGCUGCACCCAUUAUCAGAAACCCUACAGCUCCUCCAAGAGUCGACAGUGUACAAACACUGGUGUCAUCUACUGCAUCAUCAGCAGAUACAACGUCGUAUGUCGACGAUGUUCGUUAUUACAGGAAUUUUUCAUAUGAGACUCAACCAAGUGUAGCCCCAUCACAGGCCCCUAGGAUUGAAAUUCAACCAAGUACGCCAACUGCUUCUACAUCUGGUUCAACACCUGGACGACUUUACUGUUCAUCUUGCAGACGACACAAAAGAAGGCGGGAUUUUCUACGAACGUCUUCAAACUGCACAAGUUGUUCCUCAAUGCACUCUGCAUAUACACAACCUUCAAGGUUAGCGGAAAGAAAUAUAUCACUUGAUACAAAUGAUACGGCUUCCGUAAGAUCACAACGAUCAUCAAGGGACACAAAUGAUACAAACUCUAUGAGGUCGAAUCGAUCACAUCGCUUUCGAAAAAUCAGUCAUCGUGGGGUGUCAAAGAAAUCUAGUAAUAAGUCGGGCGAAGCUGAUUUACAUGUUGGUCCGACAGAAUCUCCAGAUAUAUCUACUCAAUGUCAAAUGGAGAUCAGAGGAUCCAACCCAGUCCUAAGAAAACAUAAACUAGUGGAUCGUAUACAAUCGUCAAGCGGCUUCCAAAUGGUUAAAAGGAUGUUUUCCAUUGAUCUGAAGUAAAAACAGUUGAGAAGAUACUGUUGCUUGUACUUUAUAGAAGAGUAAUUUAACUAAACA